GCCUGCAGGCUAUCCCAUUGUUUAUUCGAAUCACCGAACGACUAAAUCAUUCGCCUCUCGCUCCAAACUUGAAGAGUAACAUUUAAUCCAUAAUUGAUACAAUCGUGUGAAUUUACUUACGGAAUUAAUAUCUCCCGAACAGUGAAGUUAUUGCAUUCCAAUUCGCCAGUAGUCUCACACAGCGGGAAUUAUAUACUGAUGGUGUCGAUGUAGACACACUAAAUAGACAACAGUGUAAAGAUGGCGAGUGCGGGGUGCUCCGCUUUCUCAUCGAACCAGCAAUAUUGGGCAUUUUGUGGUAAUGAUGGAAAAUUGAAGAUAUGGGAGACAGCAACGAGCAGAUUGAAGCAAGAAUUCGUACCUAAUUUACAUUUGUCGUCGCCAUGCAGUGUAAUAGGAUGGAUAACAGUCGGACAACAAUCGACGAGUGUUGCGCAAUCACCAUGGCGAAAACGAAAGAGGAAAUCGAUAUCAGAAGAUACAGAGCAGAAGGAGAUAAUUGCAAUGGGGUCAGUCAAUGGAAGUCUGACCUUAUACGACGUAUCAUCAGCAUCAGUCAACAAAGUCCUCGACAAUGGACACUCAGCUUGCAUCACAGCCCUCACGUGGUCCCCAUCCCAUGGGCUGUUCACAGCCGGAGAUGAUCACCAGAUUGUGGAGUGGAAUGUCCAGGAAAAUGGAAUUAAAUGCAAAUGGAAAUCAGGAAGAAGCAAGAUCACAGCUCUAGCACUGCCUUCCGAUGAACGGACGAUCAUCUCGGCGGAUAAAAUUAUAAAAUUGUGGGAUUUGGAGAGCAAACAAGUGGUUGGGACUUUCACAGGACAUGCCAAUCAGGUUUCGUUCUUAAAGACGAUUAAAACUGAUGAGCAUAUGAGUUAUUUGAUCAGUGGAGCUCAGGGGGACUCUUAUCUUGGAGUGUGGUCUUUAAAUGAGAAGAAAAAGGAGAGAACAUCGAUAGCAUCUCUCACAAUGCAAGACGACCCAAUAGCGCUGUCAGUGCAAUCAUCCGAAAACUCUCAAAUGACAGUUCUCGCAGUGAACAGAUCAGGCCAAGCGAACUUGUUCACAUACCAACCGAACGGUCAAUGCACAAAGCCCCUGAAGCCAACAGUGACAGUGGUAAUCGCCGCUGACUCGAAUCAGAAAGAAUCUGUCCAACAGGUGCCCAUUCAGUCAGCCCAAUUAACAACUAAUGGAAAAAUGCUGCUAGUUUAUGGAUCCCUAAUAAAUUUGACCUUCGAGCAAUUGCUGCCCGACUUCUCGAGCAAAAUCAUGGGUCUCGUGAGGUCUGACGGUAGAAAAAUGAAGGAGAAGAAGGAGGAAGCGCUUACAAAAGUGAAGAUCGCAGAAACUAAUGAGAACGUUGAAUACUUGGUGCCAGGUGCAGCGAGUGCUCCAGCAAAGAGGACGAGGGCUGGUUCGCAGUUGCCCCUAAAAGACAGAUUAGAAAAUCUAAGUUUAAAUUCGGAGAUGAAUACGUCGGGAAAAACUCAAUCGAAAGGAGCCAACAUGGCGCAGUUGCUGCUCCAAGGGCUCAAUAGCAAGGACAAGAACAUCUUGAUGAAUGUACUGUAUAACCGAGACGAGACGAUAAUUAAAAACACGAUAAGCAAAAUACCAGUUCAGGCAAUAUCGCCUCUCCUCAAGGAGCUGACCAGUAUGCUCCAGGGGAAGACUUAUCCCAGCAAAAUAGCCGUUGUUUGGCUCAAAAACUUGGUGAUCACUCAUGCAGCGCAUCUACUGUCACAUCCGGACAUUGGAGACGUUCUCAGUCCAAUACUGGGUCUCAUUGAUGCUAAACUUGCCAUUUUCUCUGAAUUAUCGAGGCUGAGGGGGCGAGUUGCUCUUGUCACUGGACAGAUCUCGCAUUUGAACGAUCAGGAGAGUAAAAAUAUUUUUGAAGAGGGACUUCUUGUUUAUCAAGAUUCGGAUUCAUCAGAUGAAGAUACUGACGUUGGUGAAAUGGAAGGCGAGAGUGAAUCCGACGAUAACUGGGCAGAAACAUCCGAGCAAGAGGAAGAACAAGAAGACCUUGAGAAUGGAAAAUCUGAUGAUGAUGCUUCGAUAUGCAGUUGAAUGGAACAAUAUUUUGUAAAUGUUCAAAGAGAAAUUUUUCCACUCAGGGUCAAGAUGUGAACUCAUUUUUGUGAUUUUUUUGUGAAUGUUUUAUCUUUCAUUCUCUUUUGUUGAAAAAAUCAUACCUGGUCAACAUUGAUGUAUUCAUACGUCUUCGAUAAACAUUUUUUUUAUCAUUGUAAAAAAAUAUGAGAACACGCAAUGCAUACUGUUCAACGAAAAUUUAUGAGAAAUUAAAAACCUGAUUAACAUGA